AUUAUGAAAACCCAAAAUCCGUUGAAGCCUGUAUUUCAAGUUGUUAACAUGGAAAAGCAAACCGGCAAUUGCGAUAAUAGCCCCAACUUUAGCAGGCUACAGAAGGAGCUUGAGGACGUUAGACAAGAGUUGUACGACACGAAUAGGCAACUAAAAUUGAAAGAGGCGAUGUUAUUGGAAUAUCAACAAGAAACGGAACGGUUGCAAACGGGAGAACAAAGGCAACUGGCGAAAUUUGAAUCAAAAAUCGCCAGUUUGGAAGAAACGAUCGUCACUCUCCGCGACAAUCACGAGCGGGCGGUGUCCACUUUAGAAUCGGAGAUCGCGAGAAACGAAGAAACUAUCACGAAAUUAAAGAAUGAAAUAGAUGUUUUGAAAAAUUUGAACGAAACGGACAGUUCCUUUAGGUUCAACGAAGAAUUAGCGAACUUGGAGACCCAGCACGAAGAGCUCCAACAAAUUUUCGACGGUUUGAAAAAUGAGUACAUAACGUUGAGUGAACAACAUAAAAUCUUGGAAACCAAGUUCGAUGCGUUGGCGGAAGAGAACUCGCAACUCAACGAAACCUUGAAGGUGAAACGUGAGGAGCUGGCGGAAAAUUUGGUGCUUAUUGAGAAACUGAACGAGGAAUUGGCGUGCGCAAAUUUGGAACUGGGCACCUUGAAAAACCAACCCCUCGAUACACAAAGCAAGGGGAAUUCUCUAUUCGCUGAAGUCGACGACAGACGGGUGCACUUGCAACACACCGUAAACAAUAUAAAGUCGGAUUACACACGCCUCAAGUUCGAAAACUCCAAACAGGAAAAACUAAUUAUGGAAUUGAAAAAGCAAAACGUGGACCUGUGUGAAAAGUGGAAGAAAGAUUUGACCCAGGUGGAGGAGGACCAACAAACAAUCUCGGUAACUUUAAACGAUACCAUAAACCUGCUGAAGGAGUCGUUGGAGAAGUUGAAGAAAGAACUUGCUGCAAAACAUAAGGAGUUUGGUGUCUCAGACCUGCCCGCCGAUUUCCGGUUCUACAUGAAUCAAGUUGAAUUGAAGCAGAAAGAGAUCCGUCACUUGGAGCAAAAGCUAAUGGACCGAUCAUUGAACACGGGCUCCUUGUCUAUGUUGUUGGCGCAGGCCAACAAAGAAACAAGGAAAUGGAGGUUAGAAGCGCUAAAGCUGAAGCAAGUAAUCUCCAAGGAGAAGGAAGUAGAGCUUCCAAGUUCAGUACCGAAUUUCGAGAGGACCAAAUACGUGACGGUAAGGAAGAAGGUGGAUUUUCCGAUCGUAGAGCAAAGAGAGUCGUCUAGCAACGUGAUUGACAUUGAAGGUACUAAGUUGCUUGAAGUGCCGUCUGCGGGGGAUAAAGUCGCGGAAAAUAAUAACCAGGCGGGUAAGGAAAACGUGGAUCGAGAUGCGGCGAAAAAGGGAGUGACGUUUUGCGAGUCCACAGUGGAGCCGUCUUCACAACCCGCUCGCAGGAGAGCCCCCACCAGAGUGUUCAUAGCGAAGCCUUUUAGUGAAAAUAAUUAGAGUUAGUUUUAUCGAUUUCUAACCCUGUACAAAAAUGCACUUUAUCUUUCUCUUCUUCUUUGCUUCUUAGUUACCUUGGGCAAGUUAGUUAAGGAUACUCGUCCAUUACCGUAACUAUUUGGUGUUUAAACAAUCAAUAGAUUUCAACCUAAAAUAGCGAAUCAGAUGAAGAUCUCUACAGCUGGGACUUUAUAUCAUUGAAUAGCACGGAGCUAACUUAGAGUCCUGGUUAGUUGAAGCUGAAGUCUACAACGGAUGUGUGCAAUGAGCGUAUGUUCCCAAUAUUUCAAAACGUAAUGGAAGAUUUUCUGUGGUUUAGUUGACGUGCCCACGUUAAGAUAAAGCAAAAAAGAGGAAGUUUCUGUGGUAGUUAUUGUGUAUUCUGCGCAUGCCGGUCUGGAAGAGAAAAUUAUAGAUCAAGAACAACUGCGCGAUAUAACAUUUGUCAUACAGUGGCGUCGACUUUGGGAGUGGUGGUGUUUCGUUGCAUUUAGCAUUGUAAAGUAGGUUUGUGCACGACCUUCAUAGAUCAUCAACGCACAUUUGGUAUCGGGAAAAUUUUGUUAAUAAAUAUAUUGAA